GAUUCAACCAAAGCAUUUGAUACAGUGGACCAUAAAAUUUAAUUUUAAUAGACAGAUUGAAUGAAAUUGGAAUAAAAGGCUUUAUCUAUAUUUAAAAACUAUUUACUAAACAGAAACCAAUAUGUAAAAAUUAAAAACUGCCUAAGUGAACCUAUAAGGAACCCAUCAUCAUAUUUAGUGAUUCCUAAAUUAAUUAUUACCAUUUGGUGGAAUGCAAACAUGAAAUUCUAAUAAGCAACUUUAAGGAUAAAGAAGAUAUAUUUUACUCAAUAAUUAAAUUAACAGGAACAAUUGGAAAUAGUACCACUCUAUGUACAAAAUAUUCCAAUUGUAUUUACGUAAUUUUAAAUAACAGUAUUCAUACCAGUGCCAAAGUUACAAACAAUAAAUUUAAAUUAAUUCUAAAAUUACAAAAUAACGUGAACAAUUUAGUUCUUAAAUAUUGUUCUAGUAUACUACAUUUUACAUUAAAUUAUAAAGAAAGCAAUUGUGAAUACACUAUCCUUCCAUUAUAUAUAAUUUGCCGUGAACACGAUGGAAAGUUUCAAGCACCAGAUAAUAUUAUUAACUCUGUUGAAUGUGCCUGCAGAAAAAUUAAUUUAGCGUCACAACUUUUGCAAUGUGUUACCGCUGAGAAGCUUUAUGAAAAUAAUUUAGGAAGAAAAAGCUUUCAACUCGAAGAAUGUAAAAUAUUUCAAAGCAAUCUAAAUUUUUUAGAAGCUAAAAAUAUGAACCAAAAAGAACUAUGGGAGUACUUUGGUAGAGAAAUAUUAAAUUCGAAAUUGGGCGACGAAAAGAAAAAAUAUUUAAGUUUUCUGUCAUGUACGUGGUAUGAUGGUGAAAAAUAUGAUCCAAGUUUUAAUAGUUAUGAAGAUUUGAUAAAAAUAACGAAAGGCUAUGUUGCUUUAGGUGGAGGAGGCUUGGCUCUUUUUGGUACAGCUUCACUAUUUACAUGGCCCGAUCAUUUUGAACAACUUAUCGAUAAGUUUUCUGAUAAAACUCCAAUAGAUAGAACACGUUUUUUAGAUGAUAGUUGUUACAGGGGCACAUAUGGGUUUUGUUUUUCAACUACUCUAGGCUCGGUUUUACAUGAACUGUUUCACACCUUUGAUCUAGGCCACACUGAAUAUGGAAUAAUGAAUAGAGGCUUUGAUGAUAUUUACAAAUUUUUUACAGUUAAUUCUGAAACAGGCGUUUCUGAUACUUUAUCUAAAGCAUUUAAAAAUAAAAUAGAGUUUAAAGAAGAGUUUGAAGCUGAGAAACUAUCCGAAAGAUUACAGAAUGUGUCAAGGAAGAAGCAUUUUAGUAUUAUAAAGAAAUAUGAUGAGACUGAUGAUACGUUUCUAAGCAAAAGUUGUGCCAUUGUGUUGUACUAUCACAAAUGGUUUAAUCAAAAUGAAGAAUCAAAAAAGUAUGUUUUAUCAUUUGAUAAAACUUCUAAAUUUAUAUCCGCUACCAAUGGAAUAAGGGUUGUGGAAAUAAGAAAUUUGAUAAAUGAGAUGGUUCUAAUUGAUUGGACCUUUGAAGGAAAAAUACUUAAAAUUUAUUUUCAAUUACCAGAUGAAUAUAGUAAAUAUUAUAAUUUAGAUCACCUUUUGGUAGUAGAGGAUUCAAGUGGAAACAUUCUAAAGAAUAUUUUAUAA